AUGCCGACUUCUCCGAGCAUGCAGCUUCCAGAGAGUUCAACUGCAUCCUCUAAACGACUGAUCCUGCUUCUGCAGCCAGUUCAGUUGGCCAAAUCGCCAAUAGAAAUGGGUGUACCAAGGCUCGUCUCGCAUGUACACAAAGGACAGUCGACCUUAAAGAGCCUUCUUCGCAGGCGGACACCGUUUGAGGCUUGCGGGCCGAUUUCAUGUGGCCGCCGGACGCCUAAAAUGGUCCGGUGGCUUUAG